CUCCUCCUCUUUGGCCAACUUGUAACAGCCCACUUUGUCUUCCUCGACCCUACUAGUCCAGGUUUUGAUGACGCAGGAGAGGCUGAGGGACCCUGCGGAAGCUUCAACCCAUUAGACCGGACCGACCACUUGACCAAUUGGCCGGUCAAAGGCGGUGCUAUCGGUUACCUGACAACACACACGAACGCCCUAUUGGAAUUCAAUGCUGCACUUCUGUCUGCGCCAAAUAAUUGGAUUUCCAUGACCCGAGACCUGAAUCAGACAGGCGUCGGGCGGUUUUGCGAACCACAGAUUCCUGCAUGCGACUCUUGGAAGGGAAAGAAUGGCAUUAUCCAGGUUAUUCAGCAUUCGCCAGAGGGGCGGUUGUAUCAG